UAAUUUCAGCCUUGUUUAUCUGUUAAGGAACAGAUAAACAAGGGUGUGCCUUGCCAAGCAGGCAGAAAGGGCAGAUUGCGUGCAUGAAAUUGUCUUGGAUGCUGCAAGAUACCACAAGCAAGGAAAGGAAAGGUACCAAGACUUUCCUGAAAAACUAACAACUUCUUUAAAGGGGGAUUUUAAAAAGAGUCAAAAGGUUCCUGGAUCCCCAGCGGAAUUGGCCUCCUUCAGUGCAGCACCACCCAGCUGACAUCAGCCGAGCCUGGCUGUGGGCCAACUUCCGGUGGGCCGGGGACUGGCACAAGCGAACACUUCGGAGUCCCGACCGUAUAUAUCCUGCCUGGUUGGCAACUGCUUGGCAGCCCCAGCUUGACUCGCAGCAGCCAUGGAGAUCUCGGCCCUCACUCGGAUGGAUUGGGGGGGAGCCUUCAGCGUUCUGUUAGCCAUGGCCGCAUCCUGCCUCCUCUUCCGCCACUUCGCAGCCAAGAAGAGGUUCGCUGGCCUCCCACCGGGCCCCUCCCCUCUCCCCUUCAUCGGCAACAUACUCCAGGUGGACGUGAAGGAGCUGAUCCCCUCCCUCAGGGAACUCAGCAAGACCUAUGGGCCCAUGUACACCUUCCAUCUGGGCUCUCGCCCUUGCGUGGUCCUUUCGGGGUACCAGGUGCUGAAGGAGGCCCUGAUUGACAAAGCUGAGGAGUUCAGUGGCCGGGGGGACUUUCCUGCUGUCCAGAUGUGGAGCAAAGGAAACGGAAUCGUGUACGGGACAGGGGAGCGCUGGAGGCAGCUGCGCAGGUUUGCCAUCGGGACCCUGAAGAAUUUUGGGAUGGGGAAACGGUCCAUGGAAGAGCGGAUCAAGGAGGAGGCCCAGUUCCUGGUGGCCGAGUUCCGUAAAAUCCAAGGCCAGCCCUUUGACCCCACCUUCUUCCUAAGCUGCGCCGGCUCCAACAUCAUCUGCUCCCUUGUCUUUGGAGAACGGUUCGAAUACACAGAUCAGACCUUCCUCACCUUGCUUGAUUUGAUCAACAGCAACUGGAAGCUCAUGAGCUCCACCUGGGGACAGCUGCUCUUCGUCUUCCCAAACAUCAUGAGGUGGGUCCCAGGGCCCCACCAGAGAAUCUACGCCAAUUACCUGAAGCUGGCAAAGUUUGUGGGCGAGCGGCUGGAGAUGAACAGGCGGACCCUGGACCCCAACUCCCCAAGGGAUUUUAUUGACUGCUUCCUCAUCAAAAUCCAGCAGGAAAAGGGCAACGCCAGUUCUCACUUCAACGAGGACACGAUGUCCAAGACCACCGUCAACCUCUUCUUUGCUGGCACUGAGACUGUCAGCUCCACCCUGCGCUAUGGGCUGCGCAUCCUCCUGAGGCACCCCGAGGUGGAAGAGAAGCUGCAUGAAGAAAUCGACCGCGUCAUUGGGGGCAACCGUGCCCCCUGCAUGGACGACCGGAAUCAGAUGCCCUACACGGAUGCGGUCAUCCACGAGAUCCAGCGCUACGCCGACAUCGUCCCUAUGGGGGUGCCCCACACAGUCACAAGAGACAUCAAAUUCCGGGGAUACAGUCUUCCCAAGGACCUCAACAUCAUCCCCUUGCUCUGCACCUCCCAGUUCGACCCCACGCAGUUCAAGAACCCCAAGGCCUUCGACCCGACCCACUUCCUGGACGAGAGUGGGCGGUUCAGGAAGAGGGAGGCCUUCAUGGCUUUCUCAGCAGGCAAGCGGGUGUGCCUGGGCGAAGGCCUGGCCAACAUGGAGCUCUUCCUCUUCCUCACCACCAUCUUGCAGAACUUCCGGCUGAAAGCCCUGAUGGACCCUGCAGCCAUCGACAUCACCCCCGAGUCCACCGGCCUGGGCAGCAUUCCCCGGCCUUACCAGUUGUGCCUCCUGCCCCAAUGAAGGGUUGACCUGGGGGGCUCAGCUGCUGUGGGUUGCUUUCCUCCCGGAUGCCCGUUGGGGGGUCCCUGCCCCCCAACCCCUCACUUUCAGGUGCCCCCCCAACCUCUACUUUCCUCUCAGCCCAGUGCUCCCAGCCAAGCCAGUCGCCCGCACCUGCCUGCCUCCGUGUGGGCUCCUCUGGAGACGCUUGCCCUGGUGGCAGGGAUGCCAGGCUCAGCUGUCUCUCAGGCUCUGGGCUACCUUGGCACCCCAGCAGGCAUUGCCUAGUGCCGGAGAAGGUCUCAGAGCAGGAACCUCAGGGGCACGAGCCAUCUGCCCUGCAGGUGCCAAGGACAGAGCUGGGUGCUGCCACGGGGGUCUUUGCAAGGCUGAGGAAGUUCUACAUUAGGAAGCGCUGGCUCAGUUUCUUUACCCAAAGCCCCCUCACUUGAUGCCAUGUUUUCCAGGGGAAGGAAACUUGCCAAGGAAGUGCCAGGGCUGAUGAUGCUGCGCAAAUAGGCCGGUUGCCCAACUUGCAGAUGGAGAAGCCACUUCCGGGGGGAGGGGCUUUCUGGGGGUGGGGGAGGUACAGAAGCACAUCCAGGUGCCCCACAGGAAGACAGGCUGAUCUGCACAGCGUCUGUCCCAGCCAGCCGGGGAGGAGAGCUCGGCUGCCAGAGUCGAUUCCUCAGUGGGUUCCUGCUUCUCACAGCCACCAAAGUAUAGCUGGUGGCUUUCAGGGGGAUCCCUUCUGCCCUCCUGGAUGGGCUUUUAUGACCCUGCUACUCCAGGGGGCGGCAGCUUCCCUAACCCUAAGUCUUACUGGCUGGAAGUCAGGAGAGGCUGGAGAAAGGGAAGUUUUGGUCACACCAAGGGUGAUUUGGGCACUCUGAGUGCAAAUCCCGCCUGGAUUCCCAGCCCUGGUCCCGAAUGCAGGAGGGGAGCUUCUUGUGCGUGCUUGCUUAGCAUUUUAUUUAUAAUGUUUGUAUCGCACUUUCCUAUCCCCGAAGACCCUCAAAACAGUUUGCAAAAAAUUCUGAAAGAUAAAAACUCGCUGAAAUUGAUUAACAGAGCAGAAGAAUCUCUUAAAAAGCAAGAUUAUUCCAUCC